AUGAAUUAUUUUAAUAAUUCAGAAGGAAUAAAUAAUAACAUAAAAACAUAUGACAAUAUCUCAAAUAAUUCAAAUAGUAAAUUUAUAAUGAAGGAUAACAAUAAUAUGAAGAAGGGUAAUAAUAUUAAUAGUUUAAAAAAUUUUUUAAAUGGUAAUAGAAGAUAUAUAUAUGAAUAUACAAAUAAUUUUGAUAACAAUAAUACAUGUUCAAUGGAUAUUGGUGGAACAUUAAUAAAAAUAGUUUAUGCAAGUGAUAGCUAUGUUUAUGAUGAAAAUGAAUAUACUUGCAAUAAGCAUUUAGAAAUAAAAAUUGGAAUAAAUAAAUAUAUAUAUUUGAAAUUUUUCAAGAUAAAUGAAUUAGAAGAAGCAUUGACCUUUCUAAUAAAAAAUAACUUAACUAAAAAUAAAAUAAUUUUAACAGGAGGGGGAUCCCACAAAUAUUUCUAUACUAUAAUAGAAAAGUUAAUACUUCAUAGAAUAAUUAAGGAAGUAACAUUUUCUAAUAAGUUAUAUAUAUCAAAACAGCAUUAUUGUGAAAAAUCCUCUAUAUUACAUAUAGAAGUUUGUUUAAAUAAUAGUGGUAAUGAAGAAAAUAUAUUUAAUGAAAAAUGUUUUUCUGGAAUUAAUUGUGAAACAGUUAAAAUUUAUUUAUCUAAAUCAAAUAAAAAUGAAAUAUCUACGGUCGAAUCUGAAAAAUGUACACAAAAAAAAAACAUUGAACAUAAUUACUUGAAUGAUAAUCAAAAGAAUUUUAAAAAUAAUUUAGAAAAUGAUAUGAAUAUUAAGAAGAAUUUUGAUAAUAUAGGUAAUGAAAAUAAUGUAAAAAAUUAUAAUAAUUAUAAUUAUAAGGAGAAAAAAAAAGAAAAUGAUAAUAUCAGUGAUAGUAGUAAUGAACAAAUAAUUUUCAAUGGAGAACUAAUUUUAGAAUGCUCUAGGAGAGAUGAAAUGAAAAGUAUUAUUAAUGGAAUCCAUGUCUUAUAUAAUGUAAAAAAUUCAAUAGUAAGAUAUGAUUUUUUAUUUAAAACUGAAGUUCCUGUGAAAAUUAAGCUCCCUUUUUAUCCAUUUUUAAUUGCAAAUAUUGGAUCAGGAGUAUCCAUUUUAAAAUCAGAGGGUUUUGGGAAUUUUAAAAGAAUAGGAGGAACAGCAAUUGGAGGAGGAACUUUUAUGGGAUUGGCGCAAAUGAUAUUAGGAGAAAUUACUUUUGAGGAGUUAAUAAUGUUAGCUGAAAAAGGAACAUCCAAAUUAGAUUUAAAAGUUAAGAAUUUAAGGGGAGACACAUCUGGAAGUAGUUGUUUAAGUGAUCAAGCGUUGGCAAGUAGCUUUGGAUUCAUUUAUAAUAUUUACAAGAAUAGAAAAAAUUAUAAAAACAAAGAAUUUAAUCAAGAUAUAGCUAAAAGCUUAAUUUUAAUGGUUUCAUAUAAUAUUGGAUACUUAAUAUAUUUAUUAGCCAAAAUUCAUAAUGUGAAAAGAAUAUUUUUCUCAGGUAAAUAUAUAAGUAAUUGUGAAUAUAUUAUGGAAUCAUUAACAUAUGGUGUAUAUUAUUACUAUUUUCAUUAUCAUUCCAGAAGAAAUAAUUCAGAUAAUUCAGUAAAUAACAAAAUUAGACAAAAUAUUUUUAAGAAUACAUAUGAGAAGAAGGAGGAUCAAAUGAAAAAUUUACAUUAUUCGAAUAAGCAUCUAAAUACUUGUCUUUCUUGUGAUUUUGAUGGUACUAAUAAAGAUGUGAAUGAUGAUUGCUUGCCUGAGGUUUUAUUUCUUAAGCAUGAUGGUUAUUUAGGCGCCAUUGGAUGUUUUUUUUCAUAA